AUGGUGGGACGCGCAACUCCGAGGAGCAACACGCCAACGAAGGCGGCAGAAUCUCGGGCUCAAGGUCGAAUCACCUCCUUUUUCGCCACUCGAUCCACUGCUGCUUCCUCCUCAUCAUCUCCCGCCAAAGCUGCUUCCUCUCAAGCUUCUCCCUCCAUCCUCAAAUCGACCGCAAAGUCAACCCGAGGCUCCUCGUCACCUCUCAAACCCUCGAAUCCCACUUCCACUCGCAACAAUGUCCAGAUCAGCUCAUACGAGCACGAGCACGAGCACGAGCACGAGCACGAGCACGAGCACUCGGGAACAGAGUCUCUCUCUGACGACAAUGGCCUCUUCCGACGACGUCGCCACCGACGCAAACCAGUAUCUGAUAGUGACGACGACUUUCAGCCAGAGAAGCAUGCUGAACAAGAAGAAGAAGAAGAAGACGACGACGACGACGAUGACGACGACGACAAAGAUAAUGACGAGGACGAGGACGAGGACUUUGUUGCGGUUGAAGAUGGCGGGAACGGCAGUGACAGUGACGCAUCCGCUCCCAUCAUCUCAGCCAACGGUAGCGAUCGAUGCUCUGCAACUUGCUCGACAAGCAUGCCAGAAACGCCAGCGGACGCAGAUCCCAACAAGUUCGGCUACUUCUUUGGCUCUGACCCUUUCGUUGUGGUAGGCGACAAGAAGGCUGCACCUUUGAGGUCCAUCUCCAACCUGCCCAAAUCCUCAUCCCAACGCUCUCUGCGUUCCACCGGUCCUCCCUCUCAGAACGGCAACAAGAUGUUUUCGCUCUUCGAUAGCCCAGCCAACAAGUCCAAGCGAUCUCAUCAGGCGCUCCAAGACGACGAUUUCCUGGCUGAUGACGACCAUGAUGAAAAGCCUCGCAAGAAGGGUAGUACUGCUGCAGGUGCCAAAGGCCGCGCAGGAGCUUCAGUCCCUUCCUUCUCCAGCGGCAAAAGUUGGAAGUCAAAGUUCGCUCAGCAGCGUCCUUUCAGAAAGAUGCCGUUUGUACCCUCUCCAGCCCAAAUCGCCGACUUACGUCAAAAAGUCAAAGUGAAGGCCGAUAGCAACCUCUACCCCCCUAUUCACGACCUUGCAGACAUCUUUGGCGACAUGAUCGACCGUGCACCUGCCAUCCUCGAACUCGCCAAGACGCUCAAAGACCGUCCCUUGCGUGUUGCUACCAUGUGCAGUGGUACCGAGUCGCCCUUGCUGGCUCUCGAACUCAUGUGCCGUGCCAUUCACGAGAAGCACGGCAUUCGCAUCAAGGUCGAACACGUCUUCUCUUGCGAGAUCGAACCUUUCAAGCAGGCCUACAUCGAGCGCAAUUUCUCACCACCCAUUCUCUUCCGAGACGUGACCGAGCUCGGCGGCAAGAAGGCCCACACCGCUUACGGUGCACUGGUCCAUGUGCCGGGUGACGUCGAUAUCCUGAUUGCAGGUACUUCAUGUGUCGACUAUUCCCAUCUCAACAACAGCAAAAAGGGUCUCAAUGAUGGCGGUGAAAGUGGACGCACCUUUCGUGGUAUGCUCCAGUGGCUCAUGCGUCACAAGCCCACCUUGGUCAUUCUGGAGAAUGUCAAGAACGCGCCAUGGGUCGGUGUCGCAGAAACCAUUGUCGCUGAAGCUGGCUACGAUGUUGGCUUCAGCAACACCUUUGACACUAAGAACUACUACAUCCCACACACUCGUCAGCGAGGCUACUUGCUCGCAUGUCGCAACAACAACAACUCGUUGCCUCAGAACUGGGAGCUCAUCACCAACGUUCUCAUGCGUCCGGCAUCCAGCCCGCUCGAUGCUUUCCUCUUGCCGACCGAUGACCCACGCAUUCAGCGAGUUCGUCGCCAGUUUGCGCACGGAGAAGGUCUCAGCAAAGGCAGAUCCACCAUCGACUGGAGCAAAUGUCAAAGUCGACACGAGCGAGCACGUGAUGAAGAGGAGCUCGGCAAAACUCGUCCUCUCACAGCAUGGGAAGAAGGAGGCACCUGUAAGAUGUCACACGACGGUUGGAACGAGUGGGCUGUUCGUCAGCCUGAACGUGUUACCGAUCUGUUGGAUAUCACCACACUUCGUUUUGCUGCCAUGGGCCAAGAUCCUAUCUACAAGUCCAAGAUUUGGGAGCUCUCUCAGAACGUCGAUCGAAACGUUGCAGCUUCGCGACCAGGUAUUGCUCCCUGUCUUACACCUUCAGGCAUUCCUUUCCUCACCUCGCGUGGUGGUCCGUUGAUCGGACUCGAGGCUCUAUCGCUGCAGGGCCUGCCUCUUGACGAGCUCCUUCUCACUCGAGAGACGGACGAUCAGCUGCAAGAUCUUGCAGGAAACGCCAUGAGCUCUACCGUAGUGGGUGCCUGUCUUCUUGCUGCAUUACUCGUCGGCAUGGAUGAUCUUCGCCAAGAUGGCGAAAAGAGGAAAGCAGCCAAAGCAGCCAAAGCAGCCAAAGCAGCAUCGCAAGAGAAGCUCGAGAGUGAGCUCAAGAGCACUGGCCAAGUCGUUGACAAGGUCGUGACUGACGAGAAGCAUCACACCAUUGCUCGCGAUGAACUUUUGGCCUCGCAGCCACUGGAUCUCACUUCUAGCCAGAAGGUCUCGAUGCCAGAGUUGCUUGCAGCAGCGGUCAAAAGUGCCCAGCUGUGCAAUUGUGAGGGACGAAGCCGUGUUGUCGAAGUUCCUGUCCAUCGCUGUGCCGACUGCGACCACACCGCUUGCGAGACUUGCAAGGGUCGCCCUUUGCACAAGUUCAUUCCGGACACCUUGGCUCGCUCGCCUCCGGAUGACUUUGCUCCACUUCUCAAGGCAGCGCUUCCUAUGCGUGUCGAAGCCAAGGGUCUCAGCAACGAUCUUGUCACGUCACUCAUGAAGGACCUGCCGUUCCAGGACGACUCGCUAGCAAAGCGAUGGGGCAAGCGCCUUGUCGAGGUGCUCGAAUCAGCCGAGUUCCGCUUCCAGUCGCUCCUGCGUCAAAAGGUGUGGCAGGCUCGAUUUGCGGCGCCGGGAGCUCGUCUCGAUCUGAUGCUUGACCCUGUUGAGCCUCAUUGGCGUAUUCUCGUCGAUCCUGCGGUCGAUGAGCCUGCUGGCAGUCCUCUGCGCAAGUUGCUCAUCCAGCCUGUCGCUCGUAUGCCACUCGACGCCAAGGCAGACAACGUUGAUCUCCUUCACGGACAGUGGCAGCUGUGUCUUCCCACCACCAAAGUUACCACCGUUGCAGUCCGCAGCGCCGGCAAGCAGGUGCAGACAUGGCAGAGUGCGAUGGGUCUUGGCGGCAAGUUUGCAGACAAGCUCCGCUACUCGGAGAUGCAUGUCACUGUUCCCGAGGACGUGCGGGACCUCUUGGAUGCUGAUAUCGAUGGAGCCUACGACUUGCUAGAGCAAUGCGGUACUGCAUGUGGUGCUCUCCACGUUCGUCGAGGAGAUCAAGAUACUGCCAACCGCCGUCGUCUCUUCCUCUUCAUUGACACCGAUCGAUUCCAGGACCAGUCUGCCGAUCGCUUCGUUUUCUCCACCGACACUUCUCGAUGGCCUUACCCGCUCGAACGUGUUUCCGUUGCGCAGCUCGAGCCCGGCUGGCGACCAACCCUCGCAGUACCAGGAAAGGAACAAGUCGAAGAGAAGGUCAAGCUCACCAUCUCGGGAGCUUGGCGCAACGUCGAGCCCUUCAGCGUGCGUGCAGGCAGUGGUGUCGAUGGAAAGAUGGCCAUCCCUAAACAGACCUACCAUCUGGAUCUGCGCAAGGAAGACUGCACCUCUUCGGUGGCUGUCUUGACCUGUCAAGCACCCGUGCUGGGCCGUGGCAUGGACCGAAUUUGGCCUGCAGAUGGCGUUUGGGGCCAAGUCGAUCUGCUGCACAAGAGCAACACUACAUUUAGCCAUCUCGCCUGGCUUGUCGAGCGAUUGCCAGAUGUCGAGGCGCUAGAUGGCUGGAUGCCUGCCAAGCAUGAUCUUUUCGAUUGCGCUACUUCAAAUUGUCCUCUUUGUGCACCCUCGGAGCCGGACAUUCAGUGGCUCGCCAUCCCAGGCAAGCCUGUCAUGCCUGUGGAGAACACGAUGCAGGCGGGCCCUUACGAGCAAGCGCUCAAGAACCGUCCCUCGCCCUUUGUUGUGCAGCUGCGUCUCAAGAACGACGUUGCGCAGGUUCGAUUCGGUCUCAAUGCCGCUACUCUGAUGCAUCGUGCUGUUUCGCGUCUACCACCAUCCAAGAACGCGGGUGCUGUCGAGCUCUCAUGGCGUCUCACCAAACUCGAUCGCUCCAUCGACAUUUUCCGUCUUCCCCGCUACACUCUUUGCAGCAAUCGACAGGACCCCGAAGCGCCGACUCCAGACCUUUUUGCGCUCCAGCUUCGACGAGAGCAGAAGCGAUCGCUUACUUGGAUGCUCAAGCAGGAAGAGGCUGAUGUGCAGCCGUUCCAUGAGGAAGAGAUUUCGGAAGGUCUACUCGACCCACUUGGCUGGCGUGCGGAGGGACGCGCUAUUCGACCUGUCACCGUUCGUGGUGGUGUGUUGGCUGAUGCGGUUGGUUACGGUAAGACAUGUAUCUCGCUAGCUCUCAUCGCCUCUUCUCCGCAUCGAAAGGAGCUUCCUGCACUCCCUGCCGGCGAAAAUGGCACCUACAUCCCGACUCGUGCCACGCUCAUCAUUGUUCCGGGUCACUUGUGCAAGCAGUGGGAGAAGGAGGUCCGCAAGUUCUGCGGCGACAAGCUCGCCGUCCGCGUCGUCACUUCCAAGCAAGAGCUGAACAAGCUUACAGUGAGAACAGUGCUCAACUGUGAUAUCUUGAUCAUGUCAGUCACCGUGUACAAGUCGGAUGCGUACUGGGAGACUUUGGCUUCGAUUGCGGCGUCCAACCCUCUGCCCAACCGUGCAGGUCGAUUCUUCAACGCUGCGCUCAAGAAGUCGCUCGAGGCGCUCAAGAACCGUGUUCGCGAGCUGACUAGCAAGAAAGAGGAUGGCGAGAACAGCGACAUCCGUCAGCUUCUGCGCUCGGUCCGAACCAAGGUUGACUUUGAUGACUCGCAUCUUACCACGCAUAAGGCACGAAGCCGGUUGAAGGGCAAAGCGUACGUGGAUGCCAACGUUGGCAAGGAAGGCGAGGAGGAGGAUUCGCAAGAUGAUGAAGACGAAAAGGAGCUCAAAGCAGCCGCUAAGAAAAGCAAAAACAGCAAAGCUCUGCCCAAAGAGCUUCAGUCUUCCAGCAAAAAGGACCCUGAUCCGUGGGGUCUCACCUCAUCCUCCGUCCAACACGAUUGGCACAACAUGACCUGUCCCCCACUCGAAAUGUUCAUGUGGAACCGAGUCAUCGUCGACGAAUUCCACUACAUCGGUGAGACCAUGGACCGCACCCUCGCCGGAGUCACCUCCCUUCAAGCCCGCUCGAAAUGGAUCCUCUCCGGUACACCUCCCACCGCUGACUUUGCCGAUGUCAAAAGCAUCGCUGUCUUUCUCAACGUUCAUCUCGGUGUCGAUGAUGAUGCAGACACCACCAAAGAUUCGGUCCGCAAAGCUCGCGAGAAGAUGCGUACCGCAGCGGAGAAGUUCAACAACUUCCGAGAGAUGCACUCCCCCGCCUGGCAUCAUAGGCGACAGGAGGUGGCGCAGAGGUUCUUGGAUCGAUUUGUGAGGAGUAACGAGCCAGAGAUCGGGGAGCUGCCGAGUCAGCAGUUGAUCAAACCAAUUAGGUUGCCUGCUGCUGAGUCUGCGUUGUAUUUGGAACUGGCGCAUGCGAUUGAGAAUCUCGAUCUGAGACAUCAGAGGAAGGUCUUUAAGGCUAGACCCAAGGCGAAGACGGCAGCGGCGAGGGUUGCUGCAGCGAGGACAAAGGGUGGAGAUAGUUUAAUCGAUGAUGAUGAUCUUGAUUCAGAUGAUUCGGAUGGUGCGGCGGGUAAGAAGAAAAAGGGGAAGAAGGUGGUGAAGGAGGUCAAGCGGAAACAAGGAGAUCCUCAGCUGGAGAUGAGUCAUCGUGAUCAGCGCCUUAUCGACACACUUGGUAGUUCUGCUUCUCCUGAGGAGGCUUUGCUCAAGCGUGCUUCCGUGUACGACGAUUUCGCAGGUGUUGAUCUGGAUGCGAUGGAAGGAGUGAACAACGCGAUCAAAGCGUGCGAGUACAUUGUUCGAGAACGACGCAAGCAACUUGCAGACUGUCGGGAGCAAUUGGAGCGUGAGCUUCCCAUUGCGCUCGAACAGCAUCUUCUGGUCCUCCAUCACUUCGGAUAUCGGGACGAGAACCGACAGGCGUUUGCGGACUACGUGCGAAACGCGCAUAAUGCAGCAUGGGGCGAUAAAGAGUCCAAGCAGAUGGUACGCGAAAUCCUCGAUGCCGCCAACUGCACUAUGUCUUCCGUCACUCGCAGUGCGGCUAAAGCGCAUUUCUCCAAAUCCGGCGUACUGCAAGCAGCACUGAAGAGGCGAGCUAAAGAGCGAGCUGCUGCAGAAAAAGGCGGCGGUGCUAAUGCUACCGCUGCUGACGAUGAUGGUGGGAAGAAAGCCAAGAUCGAUCCUAAAGCUGUUGCUUGGGCUGAGGAGUACCAUCUUCGAGCGCUCGUCCACCAACUUACUCGCCUGCGCAACGAGCUUGUCGGUCGAGUCAACGCAUUACGCUUCUUCACCAUGAUCCGUGAUUGUCAGCGUGCGCAUCUCGAAGGAGUCCAGGUUCAAGUUAUCUGCCCGGCCAACAAGUGCAAGCACUCUGGCAACCCUCUUCCACUCAGCGAAGUCAGCAUUUCCUCCACCUGCGGACACAGUGGUUGCAGGGAAUGCGUUCUUCGAGAAGCCUACAUUGGGAAAUGCCCUACGGAAGGCUGUGCUGCGUUAGCAAAACCAACUUCCAUCGUACAAGCCUCUUCUCUCGGUGCGGAAGAUGAUGGAAAAGCCACUCGUUACGGUACAAAGCUUGCCCUUCUAUGCGCGCUGCUCCGUCGAAUCCCGCCCACGGAACGCGCGUUGGUGUUUUGUCAGUUUGAAACGCUUACCGCUACCGUAGCUGAGGCUUUAUCCGCGUAUGGAAUCUCGUUCGUCCAACUCACGGGUACAGCUAAACGUCGAUCGGACCUUCUCGAAGCGUAUCAGGAAGAAUCAGGCGCGAGAGUUCUGCUGCUUAAUGUGGAUGAUGAGUCGGCGGCUGGGUCGAAUCUUACCGUUGCCAACCAUGUCAUUUUUGUUGGGCCGCUAUUGAAGCAGGAACAGCAGCAGUACGAAGCGACGAUGACACAAGCUAUUGGUAGAUGUGUAAGGUAUGGUCAGAUGAAAAAAGUUUUUGCGUGGAGGUUGAUUAGUAUGGAAACGAUUGAUCAGGAGGUGAUGGAAAGGAGGGAGAGGGUUAAGCUCAUCACCAAAGACGAAGCUGCGGAAGCUGAUACGGGGGCUAAGGGGGAGGGGACAACAACAGCGGCGAACGGAGAAACGAUUAAAUCGACUCUGGUUGUGCAAGAGUUGGAUAAGGAAUUCAAUGCGGCUUUGAAAGGAGCAUUGGUGCUACAAGAUGUUGGGUCGACUUCGGGGUGUAAAAGGAAACGAGGCAUGGAGGGAGAGGUGGAGGGGGUGGGAGGGAAAAGGAAGAGACAAGCGGGGAAGAAAAGUAAAAGAGUUGAUAGUGACGAGGAGGAAGAAGAGGCGGAAGAAAGCGAAAGUGAUAUAGAGGCUUUGGAAGAAGCAAGUCCUCCAGCUAGAUCUGGGAGGGGCAGGAUGGUGAGGAAAGCUAAGGCGAAGAAAGCUAUUGUGCUGUCUUCUGAUAAGGAGGAGGAGGAGGAGGAGGGGUGA